AUGGAAGUUGAUACAGAUUUAGUUACACCAAGUGAUUCGGAAGCAAACUAUGAAGCAAGCUAUGAAUCAAGCCAAGAAGCAAGUCAUGAAGCAAACUAUAUGGCAAACCAUGAGGCUAACUAUGAGGCUAACCAUGAGACAAACUAUGAGGCAAAUGAUAAGACAAAUCAUGAUACUAAUGACGAGGCUUCAGUAACUACUACUAAAACUUAUAUUAGGUUUUAUUACGACUAUUCAUUUACCGAUAUUUCUGCUGAAAAUGAUUCAACAAAUUCUGAUUAUCAGUCUGAUGAUGAUUAUUAUCAAUACGUAUCUAAGCAAACUUGUACUAGUACCAAUAAUAAUUUAUGUGAACUUCAACAGCCCAUGGGCCGAGCUUGGAUAGUAUAUUUGAUCGUUGGGCUGGGCUUGGAUUUAUAUAAUAAAGACAUUGGGCUGGAUUUAGAUAUAAAUAAUCCGCUCAUAUUUUAUUGGGCUGAACUUGGACUCUACUGCUAUCCAGCCCAGCCCAGCCCAUGCGGAACUCUACUUAUUACAAAGAGGUUGGUUUUCAAAUUUGAAGAAUCUUGA